CAGAACAUGCAGGGGGAACAAAGUCCGGCUGCUUCCCUCAUUGACCGAACCAUCAGGAUGAGAAAGGAAACUGAAGCAAAGAAAGUGGUCUUAGCAUGGGGACUUCUGAAUCUGUCAAUCGCCGGCAUGAUUUACACUGAAAUGUCUGGGAAACUUAUCAGUUCCUAUUAUAACAUCUCGUGUUGGUUGCUGUGGUAUAUCGAACUUGCCUUCGCGUCGCUGUUCAGCCUCAACGCCUUGUUCGAUUUCUGGAGAUACUUCAAGUACACCGUGGCCCCAACCAGCCUGGUCGUGAGCCCCGGGCAGCAGUCCCUCCUGGGGCUGAGGAACGCAGUGGUCCAAACGACCCCGCCGCACGAGCUGCUGCCCAAGAGAACGCCUCCUUCCACGACCUCCUCUCCCGUCCAGGGCCAAAGCGUGCUGAGCUACAGCCCUUCCCGCUCGCCUAGCGCCAGCCCCAAGUUCCCCACUGGCUGCAUCUCCAGCUACAGCCCUCAGCUUCAGGCUCUCUCCGCCGCCAGCGGCUCCUUCGGCACGUCCGUGUCCUUUUCACCAGGCAGCAGCUACAAUAAGGGGCCACCUUUCAGCCCAUCUCCAGGUUCUUCUCCAUAUCCCACCAGCAUCGGCCCGAUGGAUACUAGCGGGAUGAGGUCUCGCUACCGCACCUCACCGAUUGUGUAUAACUCGCCAACCAGCAAGGAAGAUUACAUGACGGACUUCAAGUCGCUGGAGAACUUCCUUCGAAGUGAGGAGGAGAAACAGCAUAGAGUUCAACUAGGCAGCCUGGAUUCCAGCUCCCCUUCCAGCAGUCCCACCUUCUGGAAUUACAGCCGGUCCAUGGCGGACUACGCCCAGAUGCUCAGGAAGUUCCAGUACCAACCGGCGUGCAGGUCGCAGGCGCCCUCAGCCCACAAGGACGAAGUCGACCUCAGCUCCAAGCAGGCUGCGGAAGAGGUUUGGGCGAGAGUGUCCAUGAGCCGGCAGCUGCUAGAUCACAUGGACUCCUGGACGGCCAAGUUCCGAAACUGGAUUAGUGAGACCAUCUUAGUGCCUCUUGUUCAAGAAACUGAGUCUGUGAGCACUCAGCUGAGACGAAUGGGCUGCCCUGAGCUACAGAUUGGAGACGCCAGCAUCAGCAGUCUAAAGCAAGCGGCCUUGGUGAAGGCGCCCCUCAUUCCCACCCUGAACACGAUCGUGCAGUACCUGGACCUUACGCCGAACCAGGAGUAUUUGGUCGAACGGAUCAAAGAGCUGUCUCAAGGUGGGUGCAUGAGCUCCUUCAGAUGGAACCGAGGCGGAGACUUCAAGGCACGCAAAUGGGAUACCGACCUGCCCACGGAUUCUGCAAUCAUCAUGCAUGUGUUCUGCACUUACCUGGACUCUCGGCUUCCUCCACAUCCCAAAUACCCUGACGGAAAGACCUUCACCUCCCAGCAUUUCAUUCAGACACCUGACAAGCCAGACACGUCGAACGAGAACUUGUUUUGCAUCUAUCAGAGCAGCAUCAAUCCCCCCCACUACGAGCUCAUUUACCAGCGCCACGUCUACAACCUGCCCAAGGGCAGAAACAACAUGUUCCAUACCUUGCUGAUGUUCCUGUACAUCAUAAAGACGAAAGAGUCUGGGAUGCUCGGACGGGUCAACCUCGGCUUAUCUGGCAUGAACGUUCUGUGGAUUUUUGGCGACUAAGGUGCUGGCCCGUUGGCAUGGAUAGGAAUCCUGGCAAAUUCCCACCGCCUGACGAAGAGGUUUUGGCAGCGUGGGGCCUUAAAAUGUGGUUUUGGAUGCUGAGCUAGAGAUCCCCGAAACAGCGUUUGGACUACCGUGAAAUAUAUGUAGCAUCGAAGAGGAAGGAUUUCCACCCCACUGUUUCCGGCUGAAGAUGAAGAGCCAUCAAACUUUAAUAAGACGAGCUUCCGUUAUGGAGUCUCGCUUCCGACGGGCAAAACGUCCUCUGCCAGCCAGUGGAGCCGAAUCCGAUUUCUGAAGUUUUGCUCCGGCACCAAUUCUCCCUGCUUAGCAAGCACUUUGUCUCAGCAGAGCCGCAGAAUUCUGACGCAGAAACGUGGAUUAACGUGUUGCCGAAUCGGGGUCCCAGCUAUUCGAGCGUACUGCUGGUAGCCUCUUGCAUUUUUUUAGGAACCUCCCAUUUUGGGAAAGAGAAGCGGUACCGUGAGAACAUCGAAAGGCCUGGAUUCCCAGGCCCACAACCAAACAGGGCGGCUGCUUUCAGACAUCUUAUUACCUUUUCGAUUACUGUUGCUCUCCUGUUUCAAAACCACAUGCCUCGGAUCGCUGACAAGCGAAGCUGGUUCCAGGGCUUCAGAAUUCUCCUUCAAAGCAGACACUCCGACAGGAACGUUUUAAAAGAGACCCGUUCGUUAGAAACGACACAGGCUGUGUUUUUAAGCAAAAGUUAUACAUUUUAACAUACUUUUUUUUUUUUUUUGCCUUGGGUCCUUUUGAAAGCGGCAUUUCUUCUGGCCCUUGAGAUUUUGAACUCGUGUUUCUGUUUUCAACUUCUGUGUUCUUUGAGACGCCGAGAUGGAAGAAGAGACCGGCCACCACAUCUCUGCGAGACGGCAUCUUUCUACCCCAUGCGUCACACUGCAAAUAAAUGGUCCUCCUUUGGACCUCCCUGUGCUUUCGACGGUAGGACUCGAUCCCUUUCCCGAUAACAGGAGCUACGAGGAAUGGACCUAAUCGCUAGACGGAAUGGAAAUCAUACUGUUAUUGCAACAAAAGUCAUGUUACGACUCUCAGCAGCUUUUCACUCUUUAGGAAAAAUCGUAAGCAGGGGUGGAAUUCCAGCAGGAGCUCCUUUGCGUAUUAGGCCACACACCCCUGAUGUAGCCAAUCCUCUGAGAGCUUACAAGGCUCUUUCUUCUAAGCUCCAGGAGGAUUGGCUACAUCAGGGGUGCGUGGCCUAAUACUCAAAGGAGCUUCUGCUAGAAUUCCACCCUGAUUGUGAGUGACAAGACCCAAAGACGUGUUUGGGGGUGGGAGAGCCCUAUUUCUUUGCAAAAUCUAGCAUUUAAAAAAACACACACAGCAUGAACAGGCUCUGCUCUCGUUCUUAUCAACGAUACCACAAGAUGACCUUCCCCAUGAGUUGCAAGAUCUUUGGUUACAGCUGUGCAUCUACUUCAUCAGGGACACCCACCCGCUCAAUACACAGAUUUUCUUAAGAUCGGGUUCAAGAUUACCUCCGUAGCCCAUGAUGCCGGAAAGCAAGUUUCUGCCGCGGCGGUGGCUACCGCCUUCUAAAGAGUCAGCUGCCUCUCUCGCCCCCGAAGAAUACUUUAAUACGCCGAAGAGCGUUUUCAAAGCGCAGCUUCGUAACAACCUGGGUACCGAAAGGAAUGGAUUUUGUUGCCUGCAGCUCUGCUGUUUGUGGGUCGAAACUUUUUAUCGCUGUUUGCUGAGCCCAGAAACGACACGUUUCCACAUCUCACGGCACCGUGCCACCCAUCCCUUCCGGAUCUGAAUUCAGUUCUGCCUGAAGCAAGCCCCCGACUGGUCACGCCGUGAUCCAGGUUGCAGUUUAUACCAGCAGAACCUCACGUUUGCCUUGAUGCUGUUCUCUUUGUACUGUAUUUUAUAGGAACCAUGUCAAAGUUGGGGUGGGGGUACUUUUAGCCAGGUAUACUACCACUGUGACAGAAGUCCUGUUUCUCAUCCUCGGGGAGUCGAAGGCCUUUGCAAAUACCUUUGGUGCUGUUAUUAAAAGAUUAAGUCUGAUUA